GUGUUUGAGUUUGUCCUAAUCCUCCAACAUUCUCUCUCCAUUGUCCUCCCACCACCCCACACUCCCCAACUCCCAUGCCCGCCUGCCCGCUGCUUCUUUCCUCCUCCUCCGUUUACUCGCCGUCCCCGAAUUUACUCUUCAAUCCCCGCCUUCUCACGUUUAUUACAUAUCCUUCCUAUUAAUCAUCUCCACAAACACAAGGGGCAAUUCAGUAAUUCCAGUUCAACGGCGCUUCCCCGUCAAGUUCCCCGUUAUCGCUUUACGUUGUCUCUUUCCCCGCCUUCACACAUCCUCCUCCUCCUCAACUGAUAAACCCUUACCUUUUCUCUCCUCGAAACCUCGAUUUCUCUUUCAUCCAUGAAUUGAAUUUGGAAAAGUUUGAUUAGAAAGGAAGAGAUUUAUUGGAGUUUUGAUCGGAGAUGGCGACGGCGGCAUUGGCGACAGCCGCCGGAGCGUUUUUGGUGAUUUAUGUGCUUUUGAAUCGACGAUUAUCGGCCAAAGAGGAGGAUCGCGGCGAUGACCGGAGUAGUAAUGGGGGUGAAUCGACAUCGAGUCGAUCAAUUCGGAGGAAGAUUUCUCGGCGGCCUGCUCAAGCUCCGGCGACUUGGUUUGAAACGAUUAGUACUUUGUCGGAAACAUUAAGGUUUACGUAUUCGGAAACUCUGGGGAAAUGGCCUCUUGGUGAUUUAGCUUUUGGGAUUAACUAUCUUAUGAGGCGUCAGGGAGAUUUACAAGUUGCAGGGGUGUAUGCUGGAGGUGAUUGUGUACAGCUCAAGGGUCCUGAAAUUAUUGCUGAGUUAAAACAUUUAUUGAGACUGCUGACUCUCUGCAUGCUUUUCUCCAAGAAGCCAUUUCCUGUAUUUUUGGAGUCUGCUGGGUUCUCAGAAGCUGAUGUUCUUCUUCAAAAGCCCAAAGCUGCUCUUCUUAAGCCUGCUUUCACAAUUAUAAGUGAUCAUGGCACCAAAUGUUUCCUUUUGUUGAUCCGGGGUACUCAUAGUAUUAAAGAUACACUAACAGCAGCAACUGGUGCCGUGGUGCCUUUUCAUCAUUCUGUAUUACAUGAUGGUGGGAUAAGCAAUUUAAUUUUGGGAUAUGCUCAUUGUGGGAUGGUAGCUGCUGCUCGUUGGAUAGCUAAGCUUAGCUCUCCUUACCUCAUCAAAGCUCUGAAUGAUCAUCCUGAUUAUAAUAUCAAGAUUGUUGGCCAUUCCCUUGGUGGUGGAACUGCUGCUUUGUUGACGUAUAUUUUCCGAGAACAGAAGGAAUUUUCCUCUUGUACCUGUGUAUCAUUUGCCCCAGCUGCUUGCAUGACAUGGGAAUUGGCAGAAUCUGGCAAACAUUUCAUUUCUACAGUCAUUAACGGUGCUGAUUUAGUGCCGACAUUUUCAACUUCAUCUAUUGAUACACUUCGUUCUGAGGUAACUGCAUCAUCUUGGUUAAAUGAUCUGCGUGAUCAAGUUGAGAGAACAAGAGUCCUGAAUGUUGUCUACCGCUCUGCUACAGCCAUAGGAUCCCGUACGCAAUAUAUAGCCACCACUGCUAAGGCUAGGGUUGCUGGUGCUGGUGCUCUUUUCCGUCCUGUCUCCAGUGGCACUCAGGUUGUGAUGAGGCGUGCUCAGGAUGUUGCACAAGCCGUAGUCCGUACCCGUCCAACCCUGUCGGCAUGGUCCUGCAUGGGAGCACGCCGUCGGAAUGUGGUUCAAUCAAUAAACCUGAAAGAGGAAGAUAUGGCCGAGGCCGCAUUGAUUACCACCACCACCACAUCAGAAGUUCUUGUGACAGAAGUAGCUUCUACAGACACCGAAAUACAUGAUGGUCAUUACAAUUUUUUAAGUGAAAGUUCAGGACACGAAAAUGACACAGAGGAGGAAGAAGAGCAACUCCUGGCAGCAGAUAAAGAUAUAACCACAUCAACAAUGGAGGCUGUGACUGAAGGUGAGCUGUGGUACCAGCUGGAGAAGGAGCUUAAGAAACAGGAGGAAGUUCAGGCCGAAGCCCAAGCCCAAGCCCUAGCGCAGGAGGAAGAAGCUGCCACAGUUCAAGAAAUUACUGAAGAGGCUCAUAUGUUGGCUGAUGCAGUGGAGAAUAAGCAUCAGAUUUCGUCUUCUGACAUCCAAGAGAAUCAUCAGUUUUACCCACCAGGACGAAUCAUGCAUAUGGUAUGUGCUCGUUUUUCCAAUGAUGCUGGUUCAGGUGACGAUGAUGCUACCGAGGAACAUGUGGGUAUCUACGAGACUCCUAGACAUUUGUAUAGUAAAAUUAGAUUGACAAAAAUGAUGAUUAAUGAUCAUUAUAUGCCAAUGUACAAGAAAACGAUGGAGCAGCUUAUUAAUGAACUUGAAAAUGAUGAAACGCUCUCAAGUUGUGAUACAAAAGAUAUUUAAAUUUAAUACCAUAUAAUGCAUAUAUAUGUUGGAAA